UAGAUGUGAGACUCGGUAAAAUGGCGGUGAACAUCAUGUUGGUUCCUUCGGUGGAUUAUAAUCCGUCUAAAUCUGAGAUGUUGAGGGCGGUAGUCGCGGAUAAACUGACCUCCGCGUCGCAGGAGAUUUUAGUGGUGGUGCAGCGGACUGUGGCCGGGUUUGAGGACGAGAUUUCGGCCUUGAGGAGCGAGAUCACCCGGCAGAGGCACCAGCUGGAGCUCCUGCAGCCGAGAAUCACUCUCUGCAGGCCGGUUUCAGAGGAGGCGGUUCGUGUGGAGGCCGGAGGAGGCGAAGCCCCCAAGGAAGAGGAGCAGACCGACGUGGAGGACUCGGAUCCCUUUGAGGAAGACGAGGAUAAACAAGAUGAAGAGGAGCCAGUCCUGGAUCAGGGGAAUCCUCAGACACCAGAACACAGCGACUCAGUGAGGAAGAGGAGGAAGGCGGGGAGGAAGAGGAGUGAUUUUGUGAAGCUGCGAGUGUGUCUCCUGCACAACGCCGACACCGACACGAUCAGGAAAGGCUUGUUGAAGUCAGGGGUGCGGGAGUUGCGUUGCCCCCCCGGUCUGUCGGAGGAUGACUUCCUGCUUCUUCUCCGUUCCUCGUUUCCACGGUUACGCCUCCCGGUGGACGCCAUGACGGCUGACCAGUCUCGAUGUCUGCAGACACUGGAGCUGAAGAGUCUGACGCCCGAAGAAAUCCAGAGGAGCGUCGGGGCGGUGGGAAGGGGGAGGUCAGCGCUCUACCUGAGAGAGAGGAGGUCUGCAGAUAACUCUCAGGACUUGGAGCAACUUCCUGUUCCGGGGAGGAAAGACGACGUAACACAUGAAACAGGAAGUGAUGAAAACAGGCCGAAUACAAGGUAAUUAUUUAAUUCAACCUUCUGUUGUAUCUUCUAAUCGUUAAUAUCAUAUAUCAUUCAAACAUGGGUGUAAAUUCAACUUUGCAUUUUAGUAUAAGACUACUUAACCUGUUAAGUCCAGCUUUUUUUCAACGAAACUGUCUCAGCGCUUCUUAACAUUUAACUAACUAUGAAUGUGUCAUACCCACUUAACGGGAAGAAACUCAGCUAACUGACGAUACGAAAAAAUGUUACCAAAACAAAACAGAAGUGUAACGCCGAGACUCUGAAUUAGCACUUAGCGAAAAAAUGCUAACGCACUUAGCACAGAACUUACGUUAGCGAUCUUUUAUACUUCAUCGGAUCUGCACAAACAAGAUAUCAGAUUUAAGCUGAGAUUCCACAGAUUCUAGAGGUAUAAGUACAGUGGCGAUUCGUCAGGGCCCUCUAGGCU